AUGCAGAGCCAGGCGGCGCUGCGGAAGCCGCCGAGGCCCGACAAGGCCACGGCGGUGCAGGACGACGAAGCCGCGGCGGCGUCGGCGGCGCAGGCGUGGUUCCAGUACCCGGUGGAGGACCCGCUCGAGAGGGACGACCUCUUCGCGGAGCUCUUCGGAGAGGCGCAGGCGGCCGUCGACGCCGGCAGGGGGACGUGCUGCAAGGAGGAGGCGGAGCGCGGGGGCGAGGCCGCGCGCCAGAGCAGCGGGAUGAUGCCGCCGCCGCCGCCGCUGCCGAGGCACGCGCACGCGCCGCGGGAGGAGAAGGCGUGCACGGGAGACGGUGCCGCGGCGAGGACGUCCGCCGGCUGCUGCGAGGCCACGGCGACGGCGACGGAGGGCGGCGAGUCGUCCAUGCUAACCAUCGGGUCCAGCUUCUGCGGGAGCAACCACGUGCAGACGACGCCGCCAGGGGCCGCUAAGGACGUCGCCAGGGCCCGCGACGCCGCGACGGACACCUCGUCGGCGACGCGGUCCAGGUCCUGCACCACCAAGAGUGAGCAUCCCGGUCCCGGCGCUGCCGCUGCCGCCGCCCACCGGAGCGGCAAGCGGAAGCAGAGCGACGCCACGGACGCCAAGGACGUGGAGUUCGAGUCCACCGACGUCACGUGCGAGCCGGCGCAGAAGAUGAAGACGGCCAAGCGGCGCCGCGCCGCCGAAGUCCACAACCUCUCGGAGCGGAGAAGAAGGGACAGGAUCAACGAGAAGAUGAAGGCCCUGCAGGAACUCAUACCUCACUGCAACAAAACCGACAAGGCGUCGAUGCUGGACGAGGCGAUCGAGUACCUCAAGUCGCUGCAGCUCCAGCUGCAGAUGAUGUGGAUGGGCGGCGGAAUGGCGGCGGCAGCGGCGCCGGUGGUGUUCCCGGCGGGGGUGCACCAGUACAUGCAGCGGAUGGUGGCCGGGCCUCCACCCCACGUGGCUUCCAUGCCCGGGAUGCCGUUCAUGGCGCCGCCGGCCGUGCAGGGCCCGCCGUUGCCCGACCUCUACGCGCGCUACCUCGCCGUCGACCACCACCUGCCGCCGCCGCCGCCGCCUUUGGUGGCACCACCAUACACGGUUCAGCAGCAUUGCCUGCAGGGGACGACGAUGGGCUUCUACCAGCGGCAGAACCCGGCGCUGCCACCGCCGCCCGCCGUGCCGGCGGCGUCGCCUGCCGACGGCAUCCUGCACAAAAAAUACGAGAAUUGUGGCAAGCCUGAGAUCGGCUGA